AGUCAUUGGCUGGAUCACUAGACACCGCUCUCCCGAGUCUAUAAAACUGAUACCGUGCAUUUCAAUAGACACCCUCCUUCGAGUUGAUGGCCCAUCCUUAAAGUGCACCUGUGGUCUCCACCCUCAGGUGCCUUACCUGCAAUCUUGAAUUCCUUCGUGGAACCGACCCCGACGGAGACGAGAGCGUCCUGCUUAGUGGCGUGCCCCUUAUUCGUUCGGGCUAGACUCAUUCAUCGCCUCAAAUACUCCAGGCCAACAAUCUCACUCCACUAGUCUCGACUCUACUUUUGUUAGACUAUGCAGUGAAGCCAAUGGUCCCUUCUUCACGGCAUUUUAAGACGCGGGCCCGUAGCGGGUCCACUGACGCUCCACUCCCUUCUGCUCCAAGGUCAAGGACAAUGCCUGACUAUCGAUCUCGCGCAGAGUCAUCGCAAUGGCCACCCAGGUUGGACAUACGUGCUGAGACUGCAGACGAAGCCGUUCGUAUAGCUGCACUCGAUUGGGAGGCGAAGCUAGCGAGCGACAAGAUUGACCUUGGUAUUUCGGCCGAGCGCUCAAGAAGGAAGAAGAACAAGACCGUGAAAAUAUUGCUUCUAGGUCAAUCGGAGUCAGGAAAGUCGACAACACUGCGUAACUUCCAACUGAACCUCGCACCACGCGCUUUCCAAGCAGAUGCAGAGGCAUGGCGAACGGUGAUCCACCUCAACCUCCUAAUCUCCGUAAACUUUCUUCUCGACAUUCUCAGGGAGUCGUUAUUCUCAGCCUCCAACAUCGAGAAGCACCCUCCAACCUCACUAUCCACGCCCUCCCGGCAGCUCGUAGAGAGAGAAAUAUCACGGCUUCGGGCACUGGAUAGUCCUCAUCGUUACAAUGAUACUGGGAGAAGCAAGCAACCUUCCCCGACAUUUUCCAUCGAACUCCGCCGAUUAAUGCUCAGUCUUCUUCCACUGAGGAGUAUCGAAACAACGCUACGACGACGACUAGGUGCCGAGUCUCCUGCUCAAGCGACAAGUUUUGACGAGAGCACGUCGGAAAGCCCAGACAAGACUUCGAUUGACUGUGACGUGCCAAGGUGCCCAGCGGAACUGCUCCCUCGUCCCGCUUCAGCAUUGUCCUCGCUAUCUGGAGCAUCUAAUGUUCAGUAUAUGCAUACGCCGGGCAUUAGGAGGCAUUCAAUCUCGUCUUCGGCCACAUCCUCGACAUCGUCAAGCCCUCUUUCGAGUCCGGUCGGCUUCGACAAGCGGGACGGAAGGAUCCCAGCGGCGAACUUGUCUUCAGAUAAUCUUGACCGAGGGUGGAAACACCGACGUCAAGUCAGCAGGCUCUAUGGGCUCGUCGAUUCCUUUGCGGUCAAAGUGCGAGGAAGUACGGGAUGGAGGCGACGUGCACGGCUCCCAAAUGACAUAAGCUCUCGCGGUGAUGCUAGUGUAUCACAAUCUGCGGAAUCGGUGUGCCAUUCCAGGAGGUCGAGCUUCGACUCUGUUAAUGAGCAAGAAGAACGAGAACUCUUAUCCGCUCGCCAGAUUAUCCAGGUCUUCGGCGAGGAUAUUGAAAGGCUCUGGCGGCAUGAGGAGCUUCAAAGACUGCUAAAGAAGCGGAAAAUCCGUCUGGAAAACAGGCCUGGGUUUUUCUUGAACGAUGUGCCUAGGAUAACAGCAUUCGACUACAUUCCUACGACCGCCGAUAUCCUUCGUGCCCGUCUUCAGACGACCGGAGUUGAAGAGCACCGGUUAGUAUUAGAAACUGGCCGCGACGCAGGUAAAGAAUGGAUUAUCUACGACGUGGGAGGAUUCCGCAGUCAGCGGGCUGCCUGGGCACCAUUUUUUGACAGCGUGAACGCAAUCAUCUUUCUUGCUCCGAUCUCAUCAUUUGAUGAAUGGCUCGCGGAGGACCCAAGUGUCAAUCGAUUGGAGGAUACGUACCAUCUCUGGCGUGAAAUCUGCGCCAAUCGGCUCCUCGCCUCUGUUGAGUUUAUCCUAUUCUUAAACAAGUACGACGCUCUGCGUGCCAAGCUACGUUCGGGAAUUCGCUUCGCCGACUAUGUGAUCAACUACGAUGAUGAAAAUGGGACUAAGAAUGAUGCAGACAGCAUCUCUAGAUAUAUGCUGGCUACAUUUCACACUGCUCACAAACGUCUAUCUCCAAGACCACGUAAACUUCGCUCGUAUCUCACUUCAGUAAUAGAUUCUCGUGCCACCUCCAAGGUUGUGCACCACAUUCACGAACAAGUCCUAAUUGGAAAUCUCACUGACAGUGACAUCUUGUAAAACUAUAUACUGUCUCGAGCUGGUCCUUUGUGCGUUUGUAGUUGUCCUUACUUGUUAUUCGUCUACUUGCUAUUUUGGAUUUCGCAACAUUUGUUGUUUCAUCAGAAUUAAUUACCAUGACUUCCGAUCUAUUAUUUGCCUUGUACUACUGUGAUUAUUUUUCGACUUAUGCUGUUGUGGCAUACCUAGGCAAUGAAAAA